AAUGUCCUCCAUCUCGAGAGAGGCUUGAUCCCGAUUGGCCGACAGUAUUGGACUGUGCCUCCUUCCCUCUCCUCACCACUCCCAGCCUCAGAACAGCCAUGACGUCCCUCACCAGGACAUGGACCUGCUUUUUUGUAUGCUGCUUCCUGUCCAGUCUGGCGCUUCCUGUGACAUCACAAACAGUGGUGCAAGCCCCACAGGCUCACAGUGCCGGCUCCCAAGUGAUCACAGCAUCCCUUCAGGAGGAGGAGUAUGCAUCAUUUCGUGCUGAGAACCCUGAGUGGACAUUUAACCAUCUGGCAGUGGACUAUCGCAAUGGCAAUGUUUAUUUGGGAGCAGUCAAUCGCAUAUACAAACUGUCCCCGGGCCUGGAGGUCCAGGUGUCCCACGAGACCGGCCCGGAUGAAGACAACCGCAAGUGCUACCCACCACGUAUUGUCCAGCCCUGCAGUGAGCCACUUACACUCACCAACAAUGUCAACAAGAUGCUUCUGAUGGACUAUCGGGAGAACCGGCUGCUGGCUUGUGGCAGCCUUUACCAGGGCAUCUGCAAACUCCUCCGUCUAGAUGACCUUUUCAAACUGGGAGAGCCCUUCCACAAGAAGGAGCACUACCUCUCAGGUGUCAAUGAGAGUGGCUCUGUGUUUGGUGUUAUUGUAUCAUAUGGAAAUGCCUCUCCAGACAUGCUCUUUGUAGCCACGGCAGUGGAUGGCAAACCAGAGUACUUCCCUACCAUCUCUAGCCGCAAAUUGGCCAGAAACUCGGAGGAGGAUGGCAUGUUUGCUUAUGUCUUCCAUGACGAGUUUGUGGCCUCUAUGAUUAAGAUUCCUUCAGACACCUUCACUGUCAUCCCAGACUUUGACAUAUACUACAUUUAUGGCUUUGCCAGUGGGAACUUUGUCUAUUUCCUGACUUUGCAGCCUGAAAUGGGGGGUGGGCCAACCACUGGAUCCUCCUCUACCGGUCGGGAGCAGGUCUACACCUCCAAGAUAGUCCGCCUCUGCAAGGCAGACACCGCCUUUAACUCCUAUGUGGAGGUGCCUAUUGGAUGCAUUAGCGGCAACGUGGAGUACCGAUUACUCGAGGCGGCCUACCUGUCCAAAGCUGGUGCUAUCCUGGCACGCUCACUAGAUGUGGCACCGGAUGAUGACGUUUUGUUCGCCGUCUUCUCAAAAGGCCAAAAGAGGCGUCCACGCCAGGCUUCACAGGACUCUGCACUGUGUGUCUUCUCUCUGCGGAAGAUCAAUGAAAAAAUCAAGGAGAGGCUGCAGUCGUGCUACAAGGGUGAGGGCACACUGGACCUGGCUUGGCUCAAAGUCAAGGAUAUUCCCUGCAGCAGUGCGCUCUUGACCAUUGACGAUGACUUUUGUGGCCUUGACAUGAACGCGCCAUUGGGUGUGUCCGAGAUGGUGCGUGGCAAACCUCUCUUCUCUGACGCUGUUGACAAAAUGACCUCCGUCAUUGCGUACGUCUACAAGAACCACUCGCUGGUCUUCGUGGGCACAAAAAGCGGACGCGUCAAGAAG